AUGAACAACAACCAGCAAGGCAACCGCCUGCAGCUCAACUUUGGCUUCGGCGGCGGUGACCGAAACAACCAGCAGUACCAGCAGGAAGUCGGCAGAGCAUUCCCGACGACGCCCUCGACGUUCCCGCAACCUGUAUACCCCAACCAGGCCGGCCAGCAGGAAGUCUGGGGCGCCCAGCAGCAGCAACAGGGCAAUGGCUACAACGGGGGCGGAGGCUACUUCAUGAAUCCCUACCAGCAGGCACAAUACCAAGGGCAGCAAGGCAACCUCCAGGCGCCAGGCAGCCAGCGCUUCGACCAGAGCGCCAAUGGCCUCGCCCAACAACUGUCGCACCAACACCUGGGGGGCAGCGGUCGCUCUGGAAGCCCCUACGGCCGACAAGCCUCCCCGAACCCUGGACGCCCUCGCACCGCAGACAACAGAGGAGGCUAUGGCUAUGGAAGCCAGGGCGGCAGCUCAGGGCCCCGACAGCCCUCGCUGUACGAUGAAGAGGCGCCGCAACGAAACCCCACCAAGUACACUGAGAAUGUAGACAAGCAGGCCAUGGUAUCCAAGAGUCUCAUCAAUACAUUCUUCAAGGAUAGUGUCCAGCGGGCUCGCGACCGGAAUCAAAGAGCUCUCGAACUCGAUGCCCUUAUGAAGGAGACUUCCAUCUCUGACAGCCGAAAACGGUCCAAGGAGGACAGCAUGCGCCGCGCCGAAGUCGAAUACCUGCGCUUCCUGCGGACAAAGGAGAAGCCCGAAAACUUCUCGACACUGAAGAUUAUCGGUAAGGGUGCGUUCGGAGAGGUCAAGCUGGUGCAACGGCGCAACGACGGCAAGAUCUACGCGCUCAAGUCGCUUGUCAAGCAGGAGAUGUUCAAGAAAGACCAGUUGGCCCACGUACGGUCAGAACGUGACAUUCUCGCCGAAUCCGACAGUCCAUGGGUUGUCAAGCUGCACACGACCUUCCAGGACAACACUUUCCUUUACAUGCUUAUGGAGUUCUUGCCAGGUGGUGACUUGAUGACGAUGCUGAUCAAGUACGAAAUCUUCACCGAGGACAUUACACGAUUCUACAUGGCCGAGAUCACGCUCGCGAUAGAGGCCGUCCACAAGCUUGGUUUCAUACACCGUGACAUCAAGCCCGACAACAUCCUUCUCGACCGAGGCGGCCACAUCAAGUUGACCGAUUUCGGUCUGUCGACAGGCUUCCACAAGGAGCACGACGCCAACUACUACAAGAAGUUGCUCGCUGGCGGCGCACACAAGUCGAACCGCGACAACCGACAAUCAAUGAACCUAGACCAGAUUCAACUGACUGUCAGCAACCGUACCCAAAUCAACACAUGGCGUAAGUCUCGUCGACAGCUCGCCUACUCGACCGUCGGUACACCCGACUACAUUGCGCCGGAGAUCUUCAGCGGUCAAGGUUACGACUACAGCUGUGAUUGGUGGUCGGUAGGCACAAUCAUGUUCGAGUGUCUGAUCGGCUGGCCGCCGUUCUGCGCUGAGGAGCCACACGACACGUACCGCAAGAUUGUCGACUGGCCGCGUAACCUGCACUUCCCUCCCGACCAGCAACUCGGCGCCGAAGCUGAAGACUUUGUCCGACGGCUCAUCUGUGACGCCGAACACCGCCUCGGUCGCAUCGGCGGCGCCAACGAAAUCAAACAGCACCCCUUCUUCCGCGGCGUCUCUUGGGACGGUCUCCGCCGUAUCCGCGCGCCCUUUGAACCCAAACUGCAGUCCAACAUCGAUACUCAAUACUUCCCCAUCGACGAGAUUGACCAGAAUGAUACUUCGGCUGCUCACAGGGCGCAGGCCGCACAGGCAAACGAAGACGAGUAUGCAACCAGUCUGCCCUUUAUUGGGUACACGUAUAAGCGCUUUGACGCGUUCCGCGGGUCGUAG